UCUUUGGCCUCAUUGCCUCUCUUCUGUACUAGUCCUGCUAUUGUUGUGUGUCUUUUCUGGGCGACCCUCACCUACCGCCGGUGAUUCCUCACACUUAACCUCGCGUGUUUGCCGCAACGUUAAGCGGAGCUCAGUGUCCUUUGUGUAGGGAUACAAAGAGGAGCCUGGUGAAGGACUUAUAGGGAGCUGGGGAAGUAGUUAAUCGGCAUGGGACAGACGGAAGACUGAGAUUCCUCGUUCAGAGCGCUUGUGUCGCCCGUUUCCUCCUAUUUGGAUUCUUCCACGAGAAACUACAAAACGCCUGGUGUUGGAGGACAGAAGGGGGGGAAAAACGACCACAGGACGCAUGUAGCCGACGUACGACGCUGCUAAGGUUGGUUGUAAGGCUUGACGAUGGGUUGCGUCAGGAGUAAAGAAGCCAAGGGCCCAGCGCUGAAGUACCAACCUGAUAACUCCAAUGUGGUGCCAGUCAGUGCUCACCUGGGCCACUAUGGUCCAGAGCCCACAAUCAUGGGUCAAUCACCAGCCAUGAAGACCCAGAACAACAGCCACCCGGCUGCCCUCGCACCUUUUGGUGGAGUUUCUUCGGCCAUGACCCCCUUUGGUGGAGCCUCGACAUCGUUCACUUCCGUGACUGUGAACAACCCCUUCCCUGCUGUGAUCACAGGUGGAGUGACCUUUUUUGUCGCCCUCUAUGAUUAUGAAGCAAGAACUUCAGAUGAUCUGUCAUUCAGAAAAGGGGAUCGCUUUCAGAUUAUCAACAACACGGAAGGUGACUGGUGGGAGGCCCGCUCCAUCAACACUGGAGAGAAUGGUUACAUCCCCAGCAAUUAUGUGGCCCCAGCCGACUCCAUACAGUCUGAAGAGUGGUACUUUGGGAAACUGAGCCGAAAAGACACUGAGCGUCUCUUAUUGCUACCAGGAAAUGAAAGGGGUACUUUCUUAAUAAGAGAGAGCGAAACAACAAAAGGGGCCUACUCUCUCUCUUUACGUGACUGGGAUGAAACAAAGGGAGACAACGUCAAACACUACAAGAUCCGCAAGCUGGAUAAUGGGGGUUAUUACAUCACUACACGAGCGCAGUUUGUGUCACUACAGAUGCUGGUGAAACACUACACAGAACAUGUGGACGGUCUGUGCUACAAGCUGACCACUGUGUGCCCGACGGUGAAGCCGCAAACUCAGGGACUUGCUAAAGAUGCCUGGGAAAUCCCCCGAGAGUCUCUCCGAUUGGACGUCAAACUGGGACAGGGCUGCUUCGGGGAAGUCUGGAUGGGCACAUGGAAUGGAACCACUAAAGUGGCAAUUAAGACGCUGAAACCAGGGACCAUGUCCCCAGAGGCGUUCCUGGAGGAAGCUCAGAUCAUGAAGAAACUCAGACACGAUAAGUUGGUGCCGCUUUACGCCGUGGUGUCUGAGGAGCCUAUUUACAUCGUCACUGAGUUCAUGGGUAAAGGUAGUUUGCUGGACUUUCUGAAAGAAGGAGAUGGAAAACAUCUGAAGCUUCCGCAGCUGGUGGACAUGGCUUCCCAGAUCGCAGACGGCAUGGCCUUCAUUGAGAGAAUGAACUACAUUCACAGGGACCUCAGAGCUGCCAACAUUUUAGUUGCGGACAACCUGGUCUGUAAGAUCGCAGACUUUGGCUUGGCUCGACUCAUAGAGGACAACGAGUACACGGCUCGUCAAGGUGCUAAAUUCCCCAUCAAGUGGACGGCCCCAGAAGCCGCUUUGUACGGUCGCUUCACAAUCAAAUCAGACGUGUGGUCGUUUGGAAUACUACUGACAGAGUUGGUAACAAAGGGCAGAGUUCCAUAUCCAGGCAUGGUGAACAGAGAGGUACUGGAGCAGGUGGAACGCGGUUACCGCAUGCCCUGCCCCCAGGGCUGCCCAGAGUCGCUGCAUGAGAUGAUGAGGCAGUGCUGGAAGAAGGAGCCAGAUGAAAGGCCAACGUUCGAAUACAUCCAGUCCUUCCUGGAAGACUACUUUACAGCUACGGAGCCACAAUACCAGCCUGGAGACAACCUCUAGUCCUGGGAUUUAGGUUAAACUCUAAGGUACAUUGGUGGAAAUCAAAAAAUUAUUUUUACACAAAAAAGCAAUUUAAAAAGUAGGCCAUGACAACACUGGCAUCUGAAAAUGAUUGUCCCUGAUGUACAAUGGGACCAAGUGUGCAAAUGGUUAUAUUAAGCUCUGGGAAACUAUCAAAAUAAAUUCAUGUGAGCUGGCCAUAACACUGUGAUACAAACAGACAGAUGGACGUGUGUUUUUUUUUUUCCUCUCUAAACUUUUUUAAAUGAUGGUUUUCUCCCACCUUCUUACAAAUUCCCUUUUUAUUGUUAAGUCAGAUUUUUUAAUCUGAAUCCAGAUCUUUUAUAUGAACUAUUGUUUGGUUUGAAUCCGUAAGUGGAUUAAGGACGUCUUUCUAAGCGACCAAUAACUGGUUAACUUGAGUAUGUGAUUUGAGUGUAAAGUAUGUGGCUAAUUAAAUAAAAAGGUCUGCUGAAUGGAUGUAAGAAUGUACUGAGAGAUCAAAGCUGAUGUACAUACAGUUUAUAUUAAAACCAUAUUUUUAGCAGGUGUGACCAGAUGGACAAUUCAGGAUAAGAGCUUGGUUUUAUAUGAUUUUAACUUGAACUGAAAACUCAGUUUUUCCUUUUUUGCCUUUCGUUUUUUGUCAUUUUAAUUUGGUAAUCCUAAAACAACAUUUUGAUAAUUUGCAUAGAUCUUUUUUUUUUCUAAUCUUUUUUUAAAAGGAACAAUUUCUAUGAAUGAACUUUGAACUGUGCAAUUAGGGGAAAAAAAAUCUGAUUUAAUUUCUCAAAUUUUCAACUUCACUAAUAAACUUUUUUUUUCUUUUUUUGCUUUGAGUUGCUCACAAUUAAAUAUCAGUUUCAGGAAGCUAAUUUAUUAGCAACAUACAGGGAAGACUUUUGGUAAAUGUGUAAAAAAAAAGACCUUUCAAAUAAGUUUAGCUCUUUUAUUUGUUUUUUUUAAAUAAAUAUAUAUUUCUAGUUGGUGUUGAAUUUCUAAUUGGCAAUUUAUGACACCCAAUGUAGGGUGGAUUCAGGAAUUUACAUUUUGUGGCUUCCCUAAAGAUACCUAACAAAUUUAUUUAAUUUUAAAAGUCACAUUUAUUUAUUUAUUUGUUUUAGAUAAAUGAUAUACUUUUUAAAUUGAUCAAAACAUUGAGGAACGUUUAACUUUAGCUCAUAAGUUCCUGUUUUUUUUUUUUGGAGCACAUGACUUUACAUUUUUAAUAAACUCUCUUCAAAAUGGGAAAGGUGCGUGAACAUGGUUAGUUGGUUAGUUAUUGUAACCAAGGUACAACUUGGUUACAAUAAGUCACAUGUAUAUUCUUAGGAACGUCUCCAGUCAAAGCAAAGUUUAAAAUGACAGAAACUGUUGCAGGUUUAUCAUUCCACUCUCACACAGCGAGGAUGAUGGGAACAGAGGUUAAAAAAUAGAAAUCUUCAAAAUUCUACUGUUAA